CCCCUUUUCUGGCUGCAACCAUAAAUAUUUAUAUAUUUCUCUUUAUAUUUACCCAGGUACAUAUACACAGGGGUGAAUCCAACAGUAUGCAGCAAUUCGUACCCCCCUGUCACACUUAAAUCAUCAGAGAGUGGGGCACAGCCUCGCUCAGCCUUAUCGCCCGAAUCCUCCAACAAUGACGACGUCAAUGGAUCAACAUCCAGCCUGGCCAACUUUCUUGACCCUGGAUAUAAACCUCUUAUAAAAAAAUUAUACAACAGCCAACCGCUUCUCUAAAUAAAGUCGCGCGAAUUACCCUACGCUCAGCAUGGUUCAAUAAUACAUCGACCAAUUCGCUAUCUACAUCCGCAAUCGCACACCGGAGAAACCCCACAAAAUGGCUUCCCUCCUGCGCCAAAUAAUCGCAGGCCCGCGCGCGCGACACGCCGACUCCAACCUCGACUUAUGCUAUGUAACGCCAUUCAUAAUAGCCACCUCCGGGCCCUCAGGCACAUACCCCCAACUCGCCUACCGCAACCCCCUCGACAAGCUCGUCUCCUUCCUCGACAAAAGCCAUGGCGAAGACUGGUGCAUCUGGGAGUUCAGAGCCGAAGGAACAGGAUACCCCGAUAAGGAGGUGAGGGAAAAGGUCCGCCAUUACCCGUUUCCCGACCACCACCCCCCGCCAUUUGCGAUCGUGCCGCUGGUUAUGGCGAGUAUGCGGAACUGGCUCACUGAGGGCGGGAAGAGGGACAGUAUAGCGGGUAUAGCUACAGAUGGUGCAGCCAAUGGAGCGAGUAAGGAAGCUACAGAACAAGCGCAGAAAAACGAUACCAAGGCAGUGGAAAAACUAGACAAGAAACCAGGCAAUGGCCGCGUGGUAGUCGUGCACUGCAAGGCUGGCAAAGGCCGCAGUGGCACAAUGGCCUGCUCCUACCUUAUCUCGGAAUGCGGAUGGAGCAAAGCCGAGGCGCUGGUACGCUUCACAGAGCGACGCAUGCGCUCCGGCUUCGGACAGGGCGUCUCGAUCCCCUCGCAACUGCGAUACGUGGACUACGUAUCUCGCUGGACGGCAGGGGGCAAGAAAUACACCGAGCGCCCCGUCGAGAUCAUCGAAGUGCACACUUGGGGCCUGCGCGAGGGCGUCAGAGUCGGCGUGGAGAUCUACACCGAAGAGGGCAAGAAAAUCGAGACAGCGCAUAUCUUCAGUAAGGACGAGAGACUCGUAGUCGAGGGCGGCUCGCCCGGCGGCUCGGGGUUCAAGGACUGGGUCACCGAUAUGGCGAAUCCCGCCCCCGCUGCCCCGUCCAAAAGCCGCACCAUCGCCCUCGACGGCACGUACGGGAAUGAGAACGAACCGACUAGCACUGCCAGCGAGCCAGUUUCCAACAACAACAACAACAGCACCCCCAGCAUCGACAAGCCCGCUGCUCUAGCCCCGAAAAUCGGCUUAGCUGCCAAAUCCGCAAAAGAAUCCGCAUCAGCCGCCCUCCAGCGCGCCGCGACAGGGAAGGAACCCGAAUCCGAAUCCGAAGCCGGCGGCCAAGCCGUCAUUUUCCGCCCUUCCUCGCCGCUGAUCCUACCAAGCUGCGAUAUCAAUAUUGAUUUCGAGCGGCGCCAUCGCGCGCGCUAUGGGAUGACGAUGGUUACUUCCGUGGCGCACGUGUGGUUUAACCCGUUCUUUGAGGGGAAUGGACCUGAGCGCGGGGGAAAGCCGGAGGAGGACGGCGUGUUUGAGAUUGAGUGGGAGAAGAUGGAUGGGAUUAAGGGGUCGUUGAGGAAGGGGACUAAGGCCUUGGAUCGCGUGGCUGUGGUGUGGAGGUUUGCGGACCGCGAGAGAGAGAGGGAGGUGGUGGAGCCGGGGGUGGAGAGUGAGGUCCCUGAGAUGAGGGCGGCGGAUUGGAGAGGGGGGGUGGGGGAGGGGAAGGUGUUGGGGUUGAGGAGGGAGAUGGUGGAUACGGCGGAUGUUAGUAAGGCGAGUAGUGUGAGUGGGGAGGGGGAGGAGGUGGUGGAUGAGGAUGUGGAGGGGGUGAAGAGUAGUGGGCCGGGGGGGGAGGAGAUUGGGGAGGUGGAUGGGGCGGGGCCGGAGAAGAAAUAGGGGAUUGCAUUGGGAUGGGUGGUAUUGAGCGACUUGCAUGAUGGGAGCGUGGGCGAGAACUCGAGACUUUGCUUUAUAAACAAGUUAUAAGGCUUCGAGUGGGUGACUAGAUUGUAGCCCACGAUGAUGUUUUGGCAUGUGGAGAGAUAGAAACGGCUAUCAUAUACUCUAGAUUAGAGAUAUUCAUAACACAGACAAUUAUUAAAAAUCAUUAAGGC